AUGUUGCUGAAGGCUCUGCUCCUCGCGCUGAGCUCCCACUGCGUCUGCGGCAGGAAGUCCGAGCCCCAGCUGGACGAGUCCCACUCGGGACUCUUCAGGGGCUCCGACAGGUACGACUUCGCCCUGGUGGUCGGCGCCGCCGAGACGGAGUGCUUCUGGCACUUCGCCCACCAGAGUGGGAGCUUCUACCUGACGUACAUGGUGCAGUGGGUCACGGGGAUGGCCAACGAUCAGCGGAUGUUUGUGACGGUGAGCUCGCCGCAGGGCGCCCUCGUGGCGUCAGAGAACAAGGCCUUUGGUCGGGUGGGUUUUCAGACCGAGGUGACAGGUUUUUACAAGCUUUGUCUCGGGAACCACAACAACCAGUUUGGAGGCAUCAGGGUCUUCGUGAACUUCGGCGUCAUCUACGACGGCUCUGAGGAGUUGAGGAGAGAGAAGGAGGAAGGAGAGAGGGUCCUGAACAGCACUCUGGUCGGCAUUGAGGAGAGCGUGCAGAGGCUCCAGAAUCACAUCCUCCACACAUGGAGACACUACAUCUUCGCCCGCAUGAGGAAAGGGAAGGACCACUACCUCCUCCAGUCCAACCUCAACUACGUCACCUGGUGGUCGGCCACCCAAAGCCUCCUCAUCCUCCUGUCCGGGUACCUGCAGCUCUUCGUCCUCAAGAGACUCUUCCGAACGGACGCCAGCAGGCCGCGAUGCUGAAGGGAAGGACGUCCCCAAAAAGAUCCUCACAAUCACUGCUGGUGUCAGGCCACAUCUUCAAGUCACGUCUUUUGAUACAGCAUCCUGCACGAGCCGUAGUUCCAAGCUUAUGUUCCCCUGACUGACCAUGUGACCAAAUUGUCAAGGAAAAAUGUGUUAAAAAUAUUAGGACGGAAAAUAUUUUGAA